UUGCUCGUGUGCAUUGAACCCAUAAUUUUACCUCAAUCUAUACAUAUCUACAUACGUACGUAAACCUGUCAACCCAACGUAAAUAGUUUGUCCAUUUUUAUUUGCAGAAAUUUACAACAUUGACAAUGAAAUUUUUAUUUAGAUACCGAUUCGUGAUUUAUUUCGUAACAUUUAUACUGCUUGGAUAUUGGCUAAGGAAAUUUUACUUGUCUGAACUCGUAUUAGAUCAAAGCUCAACUUCAAACAGUAGUGUAGAAAGCACAUUAAAGUUAAUUAAAGAAUUGCAAUUUCACAAUGCAAGGAUUGACAGUAGAUCAAUUGUAAAUAUUUAUGAUUGGGUUUGGUCUGGCGAAAAAUGGGAAAGUGUUCGAAAUUCUCUAACCGUUUGCCUUUCAACGCAGGGAUCGAUGGAUCGCUUGCACUGGAUUUAUGAAUUAAUCCAGAACUGGAACGGACCUAUUUCGCUGGCAGUGUUCGUCACCUCUCCGAAGGAAUGGAUGGGACUCAACCUAGUCGUCCACCAUUUUAAAAAGUGUUCAGAGCCCUUUCGCGAUUUUGUCUCGAUUCAUGUCGCAGUUCCGACAGAAAUUGGUAACUGGACUUUGAAAUGGGAAGAAUUGCAGUUCUCGACUGAUAGCGAGGAUAUUGAACAUUUUGUCUCAAAUUUUACAAAUACGUCUUGUCAAAUUGCACCCAAGCAAGUUGUGGCCAGUGUUAAUGAAAUAUUUACAGCUAACGAAACAUUAAUGAUCAGUUACCCACAAAAUAUUUUGAGAAAUAUUGCAAAAAAUGCUUGCGGCCUGGGCUACGUGUUUCCAACGGAUAUUGAUAUUAUCCCAAGGCCAAAUUCGGCAAGGCUUUUGUCAAAUUUUGUUUCGACGGAGGAAGCACAAUCUUGCGAAAAGUGUGCAUUUGUCAUUCCAACUUUCGAACUUAGCGAAACCUUACCAUAUCCAGAGUCAAAACUGGAAUUAUUACAAUUCUGGAAAGCAAAGAACGCGACGCCAUUCCACUUCAAUAUUUACAAGGAGGGUCACAAUGCUACCGAUUACUCAAGGUGGGCAGCAACUGGAUUGGACGAAGGCCCAGUUAAAGUCUCGCAUGAUGCGCUGAAAAGUCGCAUGCAGACUUAUGAACCUUUCGCCUUGAGUUUGAAUACAAUUCCAGAGUAUCCCGAGAUAUUCGUCGGCUACGGUUUUACACGGAAUUCGCAAGUACAAGCAGCUCUCUCCGAGGGGUGGCAGUUUAAAGUUUUAACUCCAAUUUUUACCAUUCACUGGGGAAUGCAGUACUUUAACAAUCUCAUCAGUCCUGCUAAUAACAGAAGACUUCGAACUGAACAAACGUUUCGAAAUAGUAAAAUUUUUACGCGAUUCAAGAAAGAGCUGGAUUUCCGAAGUAAACAGAAGAAAAUGGACGAGGAAAGGGAGUUGAAACUCAUUUCCAGCACGACAGAAACUAACAAGACUUUGAAACAGUAGGAGCAUGUACAUACAGUACAAUUCUUUUUAAAUUGAUAUCUAUUUUAUUACUGACUUUAUCUGAGUUUCUAGCUUGAUACAGUUGUUCAUAACUCAUAAAUAAGUAAGACCAAUUCUAACUUAAAUUUCGUUAUCUUUUUAUAUACGCUUGCAAUGAAUACAAUAAAAUAUUUUUAAUUUUGUUCGGUUUCUUAUAAUUCUAAA